UGCCCCGGAAGUCCUCUCUCGAGGCGGAGGUUUUUGGGACUGUUGGCCGGGCGGGCUUCCUUUUUCUCCGACAUCUUAGUGAGGCUGCAGUGGUUGUCGCCACUCUCCUAGCUUCGCCAUGCCGCCCAAGGACGACAAGAAGAAGAAAGAUGCUGGGAAGUCGGCCAAAAAAGACAAAGACCCAGUAAAUAAGUCUGGUGGCAAGGCCAAAAAGAAGAAGUGGUCCAAAGGCAAAGUUCGGGACAAGCUCAACAAUUUAGUCCUGUUUGACAAAGCCACAUACGACAAACUCUGCAAGGAAGUUCCCAACUAUAAGCUUAUUACUCCAGCUGUUGUCUCUGAGAGACUGAAGAUCCGCGGCUCGCUGGCCAGGGCAGCCCUUCAGGAGCUGCUUAGUAAAGGACUUAUCAAGCUGGUUUCGAAGCACAGAGCCCAAGUAAUUUACACAAGAAACACAAAGGGUGGAGAUGCCCCAGCUGCUGGUGAAGAUGCAUAAGCAGGCUAAAUCAGCUGUACAUUUGGGAAAAUAAAACUUUAUUAAAUCAAAUGAAUGGGUGCUUCUGUUUCCUUUAAAAGGCAGCUGGAAAGCAUUUUGGUCUUAGUUGGAAUGUACUCAUUGGCUGAGAUCAGAAGUUACCAGACUGG